AUGUUCUUCUGGCCGAUUCCGGCCACGGCGGCCAAUCUCAUUGAGACUAACCAACUGCGCAGGAGAUUUUGUAGUGCACAAGUGUACGCGCAGACACAACGUGCACUCUCUAUUCCUGUCACUCUCAUAUUCCGGUGGGACGACUGCUCGACACGACCAGAAUCCGGAGAUAAUCCAAAGAACAAAAACUGGAAGUGCCAUCAGCUGUUUCAAUUAGAUAGAAAUUGCAAGGUUGCCGCAUGUCAUAAUGAA